AGUAGGAGUGUCUCAGUCUCCUCUGCUUUAAGAUCCUCCCAGCUCUCGUCUCGACUCAGUUUCUCUCUCAUGGAUCAGAGAGUCAGUUCAGCGCGAGCCGGAGCUCAGCAGACGCGCAUCAUGUGUGUGUGAGAGCUGAGAGUGUGUGUGAGAGCUGAGAGUGUGUGUGAGAGCUGAGUGAACGCUUGAUGCUCUGACACUGGAAGCACGAUGACUCUUCUGGGCUCUGAACACUCCGUUCUGAUUCGCAGCAAGUUUAAAUCAGUUCUACAGCUGAGACUCCAGCAGAGGAGAACACGCGAGCAGCUCGAGGACCAGGGCAUCAUGCCUCCCCUGAAGAGUCCGGCUUCGUUCCACGAACAGAGGAAAAGUCUGGAGCGAUCCAAGACUGGAGAUUACUUAAAACACAAAAUCAGAAGCAGACCAGAGAAAUCCGAGCUCGUCAGCAUGCAUAUUCUACAAGAUCCAGUUGGUGAAGACUCUCAGAACACACUGAAGAGAGCCAGGUUUGCUGAUGACCUGAACGAGAAGAUCUCUCUCAGACCCGGUCCACUGGAGCUGGUGGAGAAGAACAUCAUCGCGGUCCAUUCCACACUUAAACAAGCCGCCAUCACAGGUUCCCAUGGGAAGCUCCCGAGGCCCGAGGACUCGUAUGUGUUUGAGGAGGAGAGCAGCAGCGAGAGUCUUUCUCCAGAGUCGCUGUCAGAGAACAAGAGCUCGCCAACACACACCAGCACUGAACACGGCCCUCAGAGCAAAGACGGCAGCGCUCAAACCCCAGAGGAGAACAUGAGCGUCCUCAUCAAAUAUUCCUCGAAUCCUCUGUUCUUUUCCUGUGCAAAGCAGUCCAAAGUGUCUGAGAAGAACCGCCACAAGAAACCCAAAGACAUCAAGCCUAAAGUGAAGAAGCUGAAGUACCACCAGUACAUCCCACCGGACCAGAAGGCCGAGCGUUCUCCUCCGGCUCAGAUGGACUCCGCGUACGCUCGUCUGCUUCAACAACAGCAGCUCUUCCUACAACUGCAGAUCCUCAGCCAGCAGAAACACACACACUCGCAGACACACUCGCAGACCAGCUUCAGCUACCAGAUCAACCAGCACAAGUCGUCUGGUGAGCAGCAGGCCUCAUGUGCUUCAGCAGGCAGUAGCAGCAGCUCGUCGUCUCCAGUGAAGAGCAACUACUGCAGUCCGUCCUCCAUCAACUCCAUCAACUCCAUCAACUCCAUCAACUCCAUCAGUCCCGCGCCGCUGCCCAACAACCUGGACGACCUGAAGGUGUCCGAACUGCGACAGCAACUGCGCAUACGAGGUCUCCCCGUCUCCGGCACCAAAACGUCUCUCAUCGAGCGCCUGCGUCCCUUUAAAGACUCCAGCUGUGCUUCUCCAUCGGGCUCCGGGGACGUCAGCACCGGCCCGUUCCCCGUGACUCCCAGCGGAUCCUCCUAUCAGUCCCCGGCAUCCCACGGGCCCGGCUUCUACCCGUUCUGCAGCAGCGGCUCCUCGCCUCCCAUCUCCCCGGCCUCCUCCGACCUCUCGCUGCCCGACAGCUUCAGCGACGGCACGCUGUCGUCUCCACACCUCGGCCCGGACGCGGAGAAGGACAAGAUGCUGGUAGAGAAGCAGAAGGUGAUCGAGGAGCUGCGGUGGAAGCUCCAGCAGGAGCAGAGGCAGGUGGAGGAGCUGCGCUUUGAGCUCCACAAGAGGAGCCGCGAGUGUCCCGUGAUCAUGGAGCCUCCGGUUCAGGUUCCGCAGGGCUACGGCGUGUCGGUCAAGCAGGAGCACGUGUCCUCCAGCUGCCCGCUGUCCUCCGAGCAGGGGACCGGAGUGUGUGUGGGUCACUGCGACCCGAGUCUCUCCGCCUUCAUGAGUCCUCAGUGUUCUCCUCAGGAGUCUCCCGUUACUAAACCCUCCGCCAGUCCUCAGCCUGAGUCGCCUGUCCAACCGUUCCUGCUGAGAGACUCGCACAGACCCGCUCGCAACAUGCAGUUACAGCAGAAGAGCGUGUGUCAGUCGAGCUGCUCGUAUCCAUCGGACCACCGAAGCCUUCAGUCGCUCUACACGAGUCCAGAGAACAGCAUGAACCCCAGAGGCUCGUCCAAGAACAAGAGUGCAAACCUGCAGCAGAAACAGAUGGUGCGCAGCCAGCAGAUGGACGAGAUCCUGGACGUCCUCAUCGAGAGUGGAGAAAUGCCAGCUAACGCCAAAGAAGAGCCUCCUGUAACCAAAGUUGUGCCUCACCUUACAGUUUCCCCGAAGUUCCAGCACCGGCACUACAGUCACAUGUGUACGUAUGAGCCCGGAGACGGCCACCUGGAGGCACUGCUGAGCCGAACACACACUGACACACACUCCGACGAGGCAGGCGAAGGAUUCAACGACAGACUGAUGAUGGACACGCCUGUGAUCGGGAAGAUGGAGACUCAGGGACUCGGGAUGACCUUCACGGACUCGCCUUGGGAAACCAUGGAGUGGCUGGAUCUGACUCCGCCAAACUCCUUCCAGAACCAGAACGCUCUUCCUCUCAGCGGACCGAACAUCUUCAACACCGAGUUCCUGGACGUCACCGACAUCAGCCUGAACUCUGCCAUGGACCUGCACCUCGAUCACUGGUGAGGAGGAACCGGCCCAACGGGAGUCAUCGACACUUAUCUCACAAUUCUGAGAUGUUAAAGGAUUAGUUCUUCAGAAUUAAAAUCUCCUGAUAAUUUUCUCUCCCCCACGUCAUCCAAGAUGUUCUAGUAGUAGUCGUGUUUAUUUGUCCCCGUAGGGAAAGUAGUUUGCAGUGAGCUCACACAGAUUUGGCAAGAAUUUAAAGAAUCACAGUUGGCAUAUACAAACAAUAAAUGAAAACAAAUAAAUCUAAUUUAAGAUAACCAGACCCACUGACUAUCAAUCUACACUAGAAGAAGAAUUUAAAAAUCGAAUUGCUUGGGGGAUAAAGAUAGUUUGGACCUGUUUUUCAUGCAUCGGGGAACACAGUAACGUCAGCCAGAUGGCAGUUAUUCAAAAGCAUAAGAUAAAGGAUGCCUUGUAUCAUUUACAAUGAUAUUAGCUUUAAUGAUAUUUCUUCAGUGGAAAGAAAUGAAGGUUUUUGAGGAACACA